AUGCGGAAAGGCUACCUCAUAUUCAUCGUCGUCAACUUCUUCAUAGUCGCUUCCCUUGUGCGCAGUGUCUUUACCCUCCUGACACUUCUCAUCGAAGAUGCCUCGGCUGAUGCGAUUCGCCGUUCGGACCUCCCUUCGCCGAAUUCGAGUCUAAUUGAGACCCGUCCGCAGCUUAUUCCUAAGAUCAUACAUCAAACAUACAAGAAUGAAUCAAUUCCUGCUAUGUGGCUUGGUGCUCAGCAGAGCUGUAUCAAGCUCCACGCGGAUUACGAAUACAAGCUUUGGACGGACACGAAAUCAAGGGAUUUCAUCGCGAAAGAAUACCCUUGGUUCCUAGAGACUUUUGAUAACUACCCGCACAACAUUCAGCGAGCGGACGCGAUUCGAUACUUCGUCUUGGCACAUUAUGGUGGCACCUACAUUGAUCUAGACGAUGGUUGCAACCGUCGCCUUGAUCCGCUCCUCUCCUACGGUGCUUGGGUCCGCCGCACAGCGCCCACAGGCAUUUCCAACGAUGCCAUGGGAGCUGUCCCCCAACACCCUUUCUUCCUCCGUGUCAUUGACUCCUUACAAGCGUAUAAUAAGAACUGGGCGCUACCGUACAUCACCGUGAUGUAUUCGACUGGCCCGCUCUUCCUCUCCGUCAUCUGGAAGGAAUACAUGCUUUCCGAACCCACCAUGACCGAUCGAGUGCGCAUACUCAUGCCAGACGAGUAUAACCGGCAUUCAUGGAGCUUCUUCACACAUCAUCAGGGCAGCAGUUGGCAUGGCAAAGAUGCAAGGCUCAUCUUUUGGAUGGGCGGCCACUGGAUGCUUUUGACGGCCCUCGGCUUCUGCCUCGCUGGCAUACUCGGCUUCUGCCUCUGGUGGGCCUAUGGCCGCCUCCUCUUCUACACCUCCCGCUGCUACCGCUACUCACCCCUUUCCAGGCGGCCACCGCCACCGCCACCACACCCACCAAUCCCACAACGCUCCUCAUCCUUCUCACCCUCCCGACGACCUGGCGGCCGGUUAUUCCCAGGUUGGCUGCGCCGACAAAGUCCUGCGAAGCGUCGCGGAGACGAGGAGACUGGCGGGUAUGCGGAUGUCGCAUAUGAACUCCUCGGUGGACGCAAAAGUGGCAGUAUCCGAAAGGAAUGAAUAAACAAUUUAAAACAAAGAAUACGAAUUGAAAUAGAACAGGGCGGAGUGGAGGCGUUUUAUUUUAUUUUAUAUUUCUGUUCAUUUUCCUUACUUUUUUCUUCAGAGCCAUCUAUUUCUUUUUCUUGUCGAUUUACCUACUCUAUACCACCCCCUUAAUAAUUAUUUGUAUGUGAAUAAAUAUGUGUCUGCGUGCGCGUGUUGAUGUCACGGCCAAAAUCCCGCAUUGAAAGAGAAAGCGGGACAUGCUACGGAAGCAAUUUUUGUUCUGAUAUGUUGUCUUCAAAGUGUUUUGUGUUCCUAGGGAAAAGGGAUGGGAGCGCGUGGGAGGGCAAAGGGAGAGGAAGAGGAACCUUUCACGACAUCCUUCCCUUGCUUUCCAUAACGAUGGCCCACCUUGCUUCUGUUUUUCAGCCUUACGGGUGUACAUACACACUUUGUUCUUGUUUACUCAUAAUAAUGCGCAUAUACGCCGGUGUUAUCGUGGGUCAUUUUAAUCGUUUAGUUUCACAAAUUUUUGUACCCAUGCCUCUGAUGGGGCUGAAGGAGUUCUGUUUUCAUUUAUCCGGGUAUGUUUCAUAUAUUCUAUGGAAUUGUCUUAUUUGGCUGGUAUUUCGCUGGUAUUUGGCUGGUAUUGAUAUUAUUUUUUAAUAUUUCCCCCUAC